AUGUGGAAGCCUGGCACGGACCGACCGGGAAUGAAGCGUGAUGCCAAGGCUGGCAAAAAAGAGGACGACACGCCCUUAAAGAAGGAUGAUAGUAAGCCACAAGCGAUGAAGGCUCCAGUAAAGUUGUCGCAGAAGACAUUAGCCAUGAAGUUUAUGCAACGCAAGAAGACAACCGAAGCGCGGCGCAUUGCCGCCGUAAGAAAACAGAAAAGUCAAGAUACAUGGGAGAAUGGGCCAGAAAACGACGACGUGGACAACUGCUCUAAGAUUAUCUGUAUGCGCGACGUAUCCGACCCGUCACUUCCAUUGCUUUUUGGCCGUCGCUCCUAUGGUGGGUUUAACAAGGGUAUAGAAGACGAAUUUAAAGAGGCUUCGAGGGCGCUGCGCUUUUUAGCGUCCGAAGAAAGAGAAUUGCGCGAGGAAGUAUCGGCUGAGGAAAUGACGUCUCGCAUGCUGAAAUACACGGGACUGGCUCGUCGAAAAGGUGGCAGCGAGCGACUUAAAAGCAUCAAGCGUCAGCGGAAAUAG